AGAGGAACAUCCAUCACAACAUGUCGUCCUUCAACGAGUCUGUGGGUUUGGGCUAUCUGAAGACCAACGCCAUUGAGUUUGUGAACUACAACAAGCGACAGAUGAGCCGCAUCUACCCCAAAGGAGGCCGUGUGGACUCCAGCAAUUACAUGCCUCAGAUCUUCUGGAACGCCGGCUGCCAGAUGGUGUCUCUGAACUUCCAGACUCCAGAUCUGGGAAUGCAGCUGAAUCAGGGGAAGUUCGAGUACAACGGUGCAUGCGGGUACCUCCUCAAACCAGACUUCAUGCGCCGCGCUGACAGGAUGUUCGACCCCUUCUCUGAGACGCCAGUAGAUGGAGUGAUAGCAGCAACCUGCAGCGUACAGGUGUUCUCGGGUCAGUUCUUAUCGGAUAAGAAGAUCGGCACGUAUGUGGAGGUGGACAUGUACGGUCUUCCCACGGACACCAUCCGGAAAGAGUUCCGCACACGGAUGGUGAUGAACAACGGCCUGAACCCGUACUACAACGAGGAGCCCUUCGUCUUCAGGAAGGUGAUCCUGCCGGAUCUGGCCGUGCUGCGCAUCGCUGUGUACGACGACAACAACAAGCUGAUCGGUCAGAGGAUCCUGCCGCUGGACGGACUGCAGGCCGGUUACAGACACAUCUCGCUGCGCAACGAGGGGAACAAGCCUCUGUCACUGCCCACCGUCUUCUGCAACAUCGUCCUGAAGACAUACGUGCCAGACGGCUUCGGCGCCAUCGUUGACGCUCUUUCUGAUCCAAAGAAGUUCCUCACCAUCGCAGAGAAACGCGCCGACCAGAUGCGAGCUCUCGGGAUCGAUACGAGUGACAUUGCAGACGUUCCCAAUGAAAACUGCAAGAGCGAUAAAAAGGGAAAAGUGAAUCAUGUGAAGACUAACGUGACGCCGCAGAGCAGCUCCGAGGUGAACGCCACACAGAACAACGUCAGCGAGAGCAAACGCGAUAAUUCUGCCAUUUUGAAUCACGUGAACAUUGAAGAUUUGAAGCAGAUGAAGACCUUCAUUAAACAGAUGAAGAAGCAGCAAAAGGAACUGAACACACUAAAGAAACGACACGCUAAGGAACACAACGCCAUGCAGAAAUCACACUGCACGCAGGUGGACAAGCUGGUGGCUCAGCACGACAAGGAGAAGUUCACGAUGGAGAAGCUUCUGGAGAAGGCCAUCAAGAAGAGAGGUGAAAAUAACUGCUCCGAGUUAAAGAAGGAGACGGCCAUAAAGGUCGAGAUGCUCACCACAGACCAUAAAGAAAAGGUGAAGGACAUGGUGGCGCAGCACACUAAAGAGUGGUCAGAGAUGAUCAACUGUCACAGCACAGAGGAACAGGAUAUGAAGGACGCCCAUGUGACGCAGCAGUGUGAGCUCCUCAAGAAGCUGCUGGCCAGCGUUCAGGAGCAGCAGACACUGCAGCUCAAGCUCAUCCACGAGCGGCAAAGCAAAGAGAUGAAGGCCAAUCAGGCAAAGACAUCGAUGGAGAACAGCAAAGCCAUCAACCAGGACAAGAGCAUCAAAAACAAGGCAGAACGCGAGAGGAGAGUUCGGGAGCUGAACAGCAGCAACACCAAAAAGUUCCUUGAGGAGAGAAAAAGGCUGGCCAUGAAGCAGGCGAAGGAGCUGGAGCAGCUGCAGAAAUCCCAGCGAGAGCAGCUGGACAAACUGGAGAAGUUCAACGAGCAGCUUUUGAAAUCCCAUCAUGCCUACAGUCAGACUCAAGGCCAAAGACAUGCAGAAGAUGGUGAAGCUGGAGGAGGACAUGGACCGCAGACCAGCCACGGUGGUGUAAGCGCUCCAUCCGUCAGCUGAGUCUUCAUCUGUGCUCCUGAACCCCUGCAGCUGUAAACCCCGCCCAUUCUCCCUACCUCAGCUCUAGCCCCGCCCACCGUGGUUAACUCCUCCUCUGCAGCGGCAUCCAGCCAAUCCAGCUCUUACUGUAGCUCCGCCCACACUGCUCAGACCAGCUCCUGAGGAGGCGGUGUGAACACGAUUUUAUACACCACCACCAUCAUCUUCAUCAUCUUCUUCAUCAUCAGCAGUGCUGCAGCCACUAUGGCCGACAACUCAGAAGUGUUCUUUAUGAACUUCUCAAGUCGUAUCUUAACUGAGCUAGUUAACCGUAGCAGAGUCAGGCGAACGGACGAAGAAUCUGAUUAGUUUGUCACACCGUGUUUCUCCCGUCCUGAGCACUUUCUGUGUGUUAGGAUGUCAAGGAUCUUUGCCGAUGUAGCAGAGCUGUAGCUUUCCUCUGAACACCAUGAAUGUAGACGCGUCUGGCAGCCAGAUCACACCAGUGUCUGUUCCUCUACUGUGUUUUUAAGAUCGUUUUACCCAAGUCUUGUUUUAUUUGAGAGGUUUUGUGAUGAUGAAUGAGUUUGUGAAUCGCUGGUUCUGUUCUCCUGAGAAUCCUCUUCGCACGGAUCUGGAAGAACGUGACGCAUCGACGCAAUCCAGUUGCUUUCUCUGACACGAAACUGAACUUUGGUUGCACUUGUGUGCGCGGUCUUUUAUUUUUUAAGUGUAUUCUAUUGGUACUUGUUUUAAAGAGAGGUGCGCUGCAGAAGAAAUGAUGUUCUUAGGCACUUUUGUCUUGUUUCAACCAGUAAGAAUAUCUAAAAAGCAAAACAUAAAUUAAAAUGACAAUCAAAAAGAUAUUAAGUCUUGUUUUCUGAAAACUGUAUCAAAAUGAAGUGUGUGAACACAAGAAAGAAAUAUCCCAACAGGCAGCCUAUGGGUAGAUAUUUGUUCUUGUUUUAAACUUAAAUUUGCUUCAUUUUGACAGAUUUUUCAGAAAACAAGACUUCUUAUCUCGUGUCAUUCUGCAUCUCCAGUAAAUGAAUCCUGAUUUGAGGAUGUUUAGAUAUUUGUUCUGAAAAACAAGAUAAAAACACUCAUUGUUCGAGGGCUUUUGAGAUCAUGUUAUUGGUUGUUGUUUUUCUUCUUGUUUUUCAUCAUGUUUUAAGUGUUUGGCGGUGAACACAUAUCUGGUGUGAAAGCAAAGUGCUUUAAAUCUCCAUCGCUUACAAAUGUGCCACUAUAUGUCAGGUAGAACGUUUAAAUUAUUUUACAUGAUAAAUGCCAAAAUAAGGGGUUAUUUAUAUAAAGAUGCAGAUAUAAAUAUAUAAUAGUGAGUAGUUUAAGUUUCUUAGACGCUGUUUGCACUAGCUGAAUGUGUUCUGUCGUGCGACCUCCUCGUAGACCUUUGCUCUGAUAUUAUAGUUUGAGGAACAGCUGAUUAUUUUUGCAGAACUGUUGCGCUCUGAAUUUCAUCUGUUUUUUAUUCCUUUGUCUUCUGAGUUUUCUGUUGCUUCUCAAUGGAUCAUGCUGUAAGUGCUUUUGUAUUUAUAAAUAUAUAUAUAUAUAUAUAUAUAUAUAUAUAUAUAUAUAUAUAUAUAUCGUAUUUGUCAAACUUCUAGCAAUGAAAAAACUCAAAAUACUGUUGUUAUCCUGCUACUUUAAUACUGUUUUAUAGUAUGUGUCCCAAUAAACUCUCCCAGGUGUUAAAUGAAAA